AUGGGUAUUUUAGGGUUGGCAAAACUAGUAGCUGAUGUAACGCCAGGUGCAAUUAAGGAACGUGAACUAAAACAUUAUUUUGGUCGUAAAGUUGCUGUAGAUGCAUCUAUGUGUUUGUAUCAGUUUCUCAUCGCAGUUCGGAGUGAAGGUGCACAGCUUACUACAGUGGAUGGUGAAACAACAAGUCACUUAAUGGGCACAUUUUAUCGAACAAUACGCUUAGUAGAACAGGGAGUAAAACCUGUAUAUGUAUUUGAUGGAAAGCCUCCAAACUUAAAGGGUGGUGAAUUAGCAAAACGUGCAGAAAGGCGAGAUGAAGCACAGAAACUUCUGCAAGCUGCAGAAGAAGCUGGAAAUGUGGAAGAUGUAGAGAAGUUUAACAGGAGAUUAGUAAAAGUUACGCAAGAACAUGCAGAAGAGGCUAAGCAGUUGUUGAAGUUAAUGGGUAUUCCUUACAUUGAUGCUCCUUGUGAAGCAGAAGCACAGUGUGCCGCUUUAGUCAAGGCUGGUAAAGUUUUUGCAACAGCAACAGAAGAUAUGGAUGCUCUUACUUUUGGAUGCAAUAUUUUACUUCGACGAUUAACAUUUAGUGAAGCCAGAAAAAUGCCUGUACAAGAGUUUCACUUUGAUAAAGUACUAGAGGGUCUCGAGUUAAAUCACAAUGAAUUCAUUGAUCUGUGCAUAAUGUUAGGCUGUGAUUAUACAAACAGCAUUAAAGGAAUUGGACCUAAAAGGGCCAUAGAACUGAUCAAGACGCAUAGGUCUCUUGAAAAUAUUGUCGAAAAUUUAGAUACCAAAAAGUACUCAAUUCCAGAAGAUUGGAACUAUAAACAAGCCAGAAUACUAUUCCAAGAGCCUGAAGUGACUAAUCCUGAAAAAAUUGAUUUAAAAUGGUCAGAUCCAGAUGAAGAAGGAUUAGUCGAAUUUUUGUGCGGUAAUAAACAAUUCAACGAGGAACGGGUACGAAAUGGAGCAAAAAAACUGUACAAAGCAAGAAAUACUUCGACUCAAGGUAGAUUGGAUACAUUCUUUAAGGUUCUGCCAAAUCCAAAUCCUCCAAAACGCAAAGUGGAAGAAACAAAAGGAGCAACAAAGAAAGCUAAGAAAGGUGCGGCUGGAAGACCACGUGGACGGCCAAAGUAAUUGUUUGUAAUUGGUGAUAUUGCUUCAAGCAUAAGUCUGGAAUUGUGUAUA